UUCUUAUUUUUAGGGUACUAAGAUUCGUUGCUCAUGCAAGAAUGAUCACAUGUUUCGUGUUGAACGUGAUUUGCCUUUGGGAGUAUGGCGUUUGAUUACAAAGUUUUCGCUCUCAAAUGCAACUGGUCAAUACCGACCAACCAACCAUGCUUACAAGAUGUCUAUUAUAGGUGACAGUAAGAUUAAGGAUUCAGAUUUCCAUUGCGAUGAUAUGUUCUUCUCUUUUGCAAGUUUUGAAGAUGUUGGUAAUGGGAGUAUUAAAUCACAUUUUUUGAUCGAAGUAAUCGGUCAAGUUGAGAGCCUUAAAGACGUUCAAACUGUUCAAGUUAAGCAAAAAGACAGGAAAAAAGUUGAAUUUCGUCUACGUGACACCAAGGGUGAGACUAUUGCAUGUUGUCUGUGGGGAAAAUAUGCUGAGCAAAUUGAAUCUCAUGUUCAAGAGGCAAAUGACCCAAAUAUGAUUUUGGUUAUAAGAUUUACAAAGAUCGGUUUUUAUCAAGAUUGA